CUCCUCUCGGAAAAGGCGUGCGAAAUGCUGUCACAGAUCCAGUGAACGCUGGCCGUUUUCUGCUGCGUUACCCGGCGGACAAAGAGCUCUCCUCCUCCGGCCCAAAAUGGGUUAGAAGGAAGGGACCUAUGGAUUAUCCACUUUCUGCACUUCAGCGAGGAUGAUGGGGGGUAACUGGACUUGUUUUCGCAGAGACAUCCUGACAAAGACGGGGACUGAGAGGGAAUAGAGAUCGGGAUCUGCGGCUCUCCUCCGGCGUUUCAUUUCAUUUUCUUUGUUUUGUUUUGUUUGUUUUUGUUUUUGUUUUUUUUUGCUUGCGUGUGUGAGAGAGAAAUGUUUGCAGAAUUGCUGUGCGGCUUCGUGGCUCUGGUCCUGUAUGUCAACACUCUGGGCGCCGAUUUCUGCUACGAUGACAGCCGUGCAAUCAAGACCAACCAGGACCUGCUUCCAGAAACCCCCUGGACCAACAUCUUCUACGAUGACUUCUGGGGCACCCUGCUCACGCACAGCGGCAGCCAUAAGUCCUACCGGCCCCUCUGCACCCUCUCCUUCCGCCUCAACCAUGCCCUGGGUGGCUUGGAGCCCUGGGGUUACCACCUGGUUAACGUGGCCUUCCAUGGCGCCGUGACAGGCCUGUUCACCUCGCUGGCUCGCCUGCUGCUGGGAGGGGGGCUGUGGAGCCUGCUGGCGGGCCUGCUCUUCGCCUCUCACCCCAUCCACACGGAGGCGGUGGCAGGCGUGGUUGGCCGGGCCGACGUGGGCGCCGCCCUGUUCUUCUUGCUUUCCCUGCUGUGCUACAUCCGUCACUGCAGGCUGCGGGGCCACGCCGGGUCCUGGCGGCUCGUGGCCUGGUUCCUCGGCAGCCUGAGCUGCGCCGCCUGCAGCAUGCUGUGGAAGGAGCUCGGAGUGACGGUCCUGGCCAUAUCAGCGCUGUACGACGUCUGCAUUUUCCACAGGCUCAAAUUGCGACAGGUCAUCAUGCUCCUCUACAAGAGGAAGAACGUCCACCUGCUGCUGAAUGUGUUUUUGCUGGCAGCCUGGGGAGCCGUCCUGCUGGCCGGCCGCCUCUACUGGAUGGGGAACAAACCCCCCAACUUCUCCAACUCCGACAACCCAGCGGCCGACCACCCCUCGCUCCUCACGAGGACGCUCACCUUCUUCUACUUGCCCGCCGUCAACAUUUGGCUCCUCCUGUGCCCGGACACGCUCAGCUUUGACUGGUCCAUGGACGCCCUGCCUCUGAUCAGGAGCCUUGCCGAUUGGAGGAACGCUCACACGACAGCCGUGUAUUUGGGGUUGCUGUCGCUGGCGUGGUUCGGCCUGCGGACGCGCCCGACCGCCAAGGGCAAAGAGGCCAACGGCAAGGCGCACCUUUUCACCAACGGCAGGAACGGGAACAGUAACGGACACAGUUACCAAUGCAACGAUCAGGAGCACAUGAACAACUCCCACUCGGAGCCACACACUAAUAGUGCACAAAACGGUACCAAAAAACACUGCGAGGCGAGGACUCCACUGCCCACCACUGAGAACCUCGUGGUGUUCUCACUCGGCCUGUUGGCUGUCCCUUUCCUCCCCGCCACGAACCUGUUUUUCUACGUGGGGUUUGUGAUAGCAGAGAGAGUACUGUACAUCCCCAGCAUGGGCUUCUGCCUGCUGGUGGCGGUGGGGAUGAGGUCGCUGUACGUCCGUCUGCGGCGCAGGUCCUUCAGGACGAUGUUGAUGUACUGCAGUGCAGCCCUGGUCCUGCUGUUUAGUGUCAAAACUGUUCUGAGGAACCAGGACUGGCACAAUGAAGAGAUGCUCUACAAGUCAGGGAUUUAUGUCAAUCCUGCUAAAGCGUGGGGCAACCUCGGGAACGUCCUGAAGAACCAGGGCAAGAUGGAGGAGGCGGAGCAGGCGUACAGGAAUGCCCUCUACUACCGCAGGAACAUGGCUGACAUGCUGUAUAACCUCGGUUUGCUGCUACAGGAGAACAACAAGUUCUCAGAGGCUCUCCACUACUAUAAGCUGGCCAUUGGGAGCCGGCCAACCCUGGCUUCGGCCUACUUGAACACAGGCAUCAUCCUGAUGAAUCAGGGUCGCCUGGACGAGGCCAAGCGCACCUUCCUAACCUGUGCCGACAUCUCAGACGAAAACCUGAAGGACCCUCACGCCCACAAGAGCUCCGUCACCAGCUGCCUGUACAACCUGGGCAAGCUGCUCCACGAACAGGGACACCAGGAGGAGGCCCUCUCCGUGUAUAAAGAAGCAAUACAGAAAAUGCCAAGACAAUUUGCACCACAGAGCCUCUACAACAUGAUGGGAGAGGCAUACAUGAGACUGAACAGGCUGGCAGACGCUGAACACUGGUACCAAGAAUCCCUCAGAGCCAAGCCGGACCACAUUCCUGCACACCUCACCUAUGGAAAACUCCUCGCAAUGACGGGGCAGAAAACAGAAGCGGAGAGGUACUUCCUGAAGGCCAUCCAGCUCGAUCCCACGAAAGGCAAUUGUUACAUGCAUUAUGGUCAGUUUUUGUUGGAAGAGUCGCGCCUGCUGGAAGCGGCGGAGAUGGCAGAGAAAGCCGCACGCCUCGACAGCGGGGAGUUUGAUGUGGUCUUCAGCGCGGCCCACAUGCUCAGACAAGCCAGUCUGAAUGAAGCGGCCGAGAAGUAUUACGGACAAGCGGCGAGUCUGAGGCCCAACUAUCCCGCAGCUCUGAUGAACCUCGGGGCGAUCCUCCACCUCAACGGGAAACUGCAAGAGGCAGAAGCCAAUUACCUGCGAGCGCUGCAGCUGAAGCCAGACGACACCAUCACCCAGUCCAACCUACGCAAGCUGUGGAACAUCAUGGAGAAGCAGGGCCUGAGGACCACGGGGCCCUGAGCUCCACCAGCCUGCCUGCCAUCUGUGCACCAGGCCUGGGAACGGACAGCCGGGUUGCUCUUCUCAUCCGCCCGAGAUGGAAGAGAAUCAAGGAGGAUGUUUGCUCAGGGAGGCCAUGACUGUACUGUACAGCCCUCCUAAUGACUCCUGAGUUCUCCAAACACCUCAGGCCAGCAGCUUUCCUCUGAAGCAUUGCUCACACUUUGGCGAGCACUACACAGUAUUUGGACUUGCUAGAACUUUGUCCAAAAUUAAUGCUCUCACAGGAUCCCUGUUUUUUUUCCCCCCGUUUUCUUUUGUUUCACUAUUUUUUUUUUGUUUGUUUUAAACUAGAGCACUUAAACUUGAAGCGAGGCCAUAGGUACAUCCUCAAACACUUGUGACAAAUUAGGUUUUUAAAUAAGCAAUUGAGGUAUAAAAGGUCUUUUAGGAUGAAAUUUGUCCCGGGGCAGUGCAAGAUAAUAAAUGAGAGAGAUAAAAAAAAAAAAAAAAAGAAAGAAAAAUGAAAAAUCCCAGAGCACUGUACUAAGCGUAUUUCCCUUCAACGUUUUAAUAAAACUCUUGGUCUCAUAAAAUUUCUCAACCUGAUAGCCAGGUACAUUUAGGUAAUAUGAUGAAUUGGAUGCUCUCCACCGAUUCCAAAUGAAUCUCGUUUUUACGUCACCGAAAUCUCCUUCUCACGGUCUGUGUAGCCUUUCCGGUGCUCUGUAGAUCACUUUGUUUGCUCAUGAGAUUACACAGAUUUCAUUUAAAAAAUAAUAAUAAAAAAAUAAAUAAAUAAACAUAAUGAAGAUAUGAAAAGUAACACCAUCGUUGUAAACCAGAUGUAGCAUAUUUCCUGACUUGAAAAAGGGAUCGUUUUUCUUAGAAAUGCUCGCCGCUACUCUACACAACACCAGUAGGCUCUAAAAGAUCUCACAAUGACACUUACUGAUCCAUGAAAAAUGACUGGACAUCGGACGUAAAAUGAAACAUAAGACUGGACGUAAAAUAAAUAAAUAAAUAAAUAAAACCACGGGAGAAAACACAGUAGCUUAUAAUCUAAAAACGGGAAUUCUGUCUGUUCAACUUUGUAAUGCCUUAUAGCGAACGGUGUGAAUCAACGAGACUCCAUCUAUGUAGCAUGCAGGUGGCGUUUUUUAUCACCGCGCAGCAGGCUUCUUAAGCUAGAAAAGGAAACAGUAAGCUACCUUCCCGUGGUCCUUGCACCGACCGUUUUUUUUUUGUCGUCGUUGUUGUUUUUAAAGGAGCGUAGGGAGCUUAAACCGAUGGAGUUCUUCUAACCAAAUACAGUAGCUAUCUAACCGAUGCACAACUUUUCAUAACAGAACAAUGCACAGACAAUGUGUCUGAGGGAAAGGAUGAAACGUCAUAUCUUUUUUUUUUUUUUUUUUUUUCUGUUGUUGUCGUUGAAAAGAGGAAAAAAAAUGUUAAUUUCCAUUGUAUGUGUUUGUAUAAAUGAAUCCUAAUAUAUACCGACAAUGUGUACAGUAUACAGUAAAUCAUGCAGCGGCAAAGUAGCCAGACUUGAAGUGGAAGCUCAGUGGCCCGGCAAGUUUGGUUUUGUUAUAUGAAGUACAGUAUUUUUUUUCCCCCCCUCCUCCCGUGUUGUCCAAACACCUUGUUACGCCUCUCCUCUCCGUCCUAAGUUCUCAUUUUUGUAUAUAUUCUGUAUAAUUAACAUCUCCUCGUGUGCUGUUCUCAGCAGAAAACGAAACAAUCCCUCAGCAGCACCUUCCCAGCAGUGUGUGUUCACGAGAGAGAGAGAGAGAGAGUGGAACAUUCUCCGCCCGUCCGUACUAACCACAAACCUCCUCGAGUAUCUUUGUCUUUUAGUUUAUUGCAUUUUAAGUUAUUUGCCUCGUGUUACCGUAGCAACAAAACCAGCUGGCACUGUGUUUCACAUGUACAAUGAAGGAAGUCCGUGGAGAUGAUGUACACACACAUUUGCGGUCGCUGAAAGACGCCGUCCCGUGUUGAAUAUAGUAUCUGACCCAUCGUAAAUAAAUACUAAGGAAUGCCCGCGGUGCAGAAAGAUAAGACAAAUAGGCCGAAAUUGAAAAUCUCCCCUCCCUGUAUGCGUUCACAUUUUCCACCGUCUGAGCAGUCACCGCUUUAUGGAGAUGAUAUUACGAUGGUUGCCUUGGUAUGAAAUAUGAAAUGUGUUUCUGUGUCCCACUCGGUUGGUAAUUUCACCUCCACUGUCUGUCAAAGUCACAACACAACUAGGCAUCUGCUCCUCUGGUGGAUGUUGGAACAAAUAAUUGGAUGUUGCCGAUGUUUUUUGGUUUGUUUUUUGUUUGUUUUUUUAUGUUUGUGACAGUUGUUGCAGUCAUGAUGGUGUCAGCACUGUUUGGUAGUUUGACUGUGGUGGUCACCAUAACUGUUGAAGUAAGAUGUUGAGUUAUAGAAAAAAAAAAAAAAAAGAAGGAAAAAAAAAAUCACAAUUCACAGUUCAUUCCUGUCCCACACCUCAUGCACCCCCACCGUUUAAAUAUGUGCUAAUUUCUCUUGUGUAUAAAAGUGUUUACGAACAAACACUGAUAAUUGUUUUUGCUUGAGUGAAGAUGGAAAAAAAAAAAAAAAAAAGUGUUUCACUCUGUGUCUCUGCUCA